AUGAUUUGUGUAUCCUACGUCUGUUCAAUCCACGUAAGUGAGUUGCGAGACACCAGCGCUUUCAAAAGCUGCGCCUCAUUCACUCUGCCGAACAGGUCGGAAUUUGAUUGGGUGGCACAAGUCAGUUUCUUCGAUCCCUCAAAACCCAGGGAACCCCUACCGUAUGUUAAUAUAAGAGAGGCAUUCAGAGGUGAGAAGGUCACCCUAUCGUGUGCUCACACCAGACGACACUCCAAGAUCAUUUGGUUCUUGAGUAAGACCUCACCGGACAAUCCCGAUGCCCUGGCCGAUGGACUUAUUGCACUUCCAAAGAACGAGUGCUUUGGACAACGAUUCUACGAACACGAGGUCUUCGGUGUUGAGGCUUUGGAGGUGGUUGCCCAGCCGGGUACCAUUGGAUUCAUAACCUGCGCUGAGGACACUGGGGAAGCCAGUGGCAAGUAUGCAUGGAUUCGCCGGGCCACAUACCUCAUUCUUCUCCAUCAACCCGCCAAAGCCGUCGCCCGGGUAGACUUUUUUGCUCUCUCAACAAGGAGUUGUGAGGCCGCACAGGAGGCGAUUUCUGAAAGGAAUAUUGCCCUCGACAAUGACAACGCAAGCUUGGCAUUCACUUUGAGCGAAACCAAGUGCACUGGUGCCCUUCAACCCUGGGAAUGUAUCCAGAUUUCGGAAGAAGGAAGUGGCCACAAUUGGAGAAGGUCAAUUGUAAGAAAAUUCCGCACAGGCUUCAUCCCCACAGGCCCACUCGAACCGUUUGUUCGUCUGAGGUUUGAGAGGGUGAGUGUGGGCGCUAUCUUUGAGUUUGUGAGCAAUCAGGCUACUCUGGAAGCGCGACGAGGCAAAGAAGUGUUCGUCGGAUCCAGGCGAAUCCGCUUGGGACAGUUCACCUUCACGCAGGACAACCUCUGUGUGCAGGCACGAACGGGUGGGAGAAUAUUUGACUGGGUGAUACUCGAACCGUACUUGGGGUACGCGGAACUGUCUGGGGGCAUUCGGCUGCCUUUCGACGAACCCCUGAAGCCGGGGGCAGCCAAGUACGUCGAUGGAGUGCAGGUUCGACCCGAGUCUGCUGAGUUAUUUAAGUCAGUCUACCUAGAACAAGCUCUCUCACCAGACUCCGUGUUGGAGCGAAUCACGAAAAGUAACUUGGCGGAACCACGCAUGCAGCACGGUCGCAGUCAAUCGGAAGACUGCGGGGCACCUGUCAUCACGUAUGGCCAAGAAUACCUGACCGCAGCCCACCCAAAACUCUGCAAACGGCAUAACACGAAUUUCACCAUCACCGUCACCAACGCCGUUGCUCACCUGACUCGUCGCAGUGCUCGUGCGAUGGUCGUCAAGGUUGUGGCUCUACUCGCAAAUCAACUGGGAAUUUCAUUCUUCUAUGAACUUCGACUCAUUGAGAAGACAAUUGUCUCAGGCAGUGUGAAGUUUAAAUUGCUUCUACUGGUCCAACUGACUCGAAAGUCACUACAUCUCACCGAUGGAAAACUCAGCUACGACGUCGACGUUGCAGUCACGAUGCCACGUCCAGAUGAAGCCAAGGUCAUUCCAUCUCGAUUGACGAUGCAGUUCCGUGAUGCUGCAACGGUUGUGACGAUUGGAUUCGUCUUGGCGGGGGAGCAACAGCUGAGAGGCAAGGAAAUGACCUUGUCCACCGCAUUUAAUGCUGGUUUGGAUUUAAUAACUAGGGUCGCCACUGCAAGCUCAUGCCUCGACUGCUUCAUAAGCGUGAAUGUGGAUCGCAGAGGAGCUCACGCGCCUUCCCCAAAGUGGGCCGAAGAAGCGGGCAGGGUCACGCCAAUAAGGCCACCAAUCAACAGCCGAGUGACACCGCUUCAGGGUUUGAGAGCUGUCGCCCAUGGAGACCGCUGGUUCAAGGCCGUUCGAUCGCUCAAGUUGACCUGGCAAGCUUCGGAAAGUCGGCCGCUGGAACAAGUCCUCGAGGGCUUGAUUGAACGCCUGAGGCUUAGACUGAGAGCGAAAAAUGUGACGGUAAUUUUUGCUAACUUCUGGCCGGUUUGUCCCCCUGGACAUCGCCUGGCAGUAGUAAAGCCUCCAAUGUGUCUUCCUUGUCCGCCUGGUACACGAGCCGUCCCGUACAUAAUUAACAAGGCGGGCACCUACGCCCCAGCUACAACAAAGUCCGAUUUGGAUGGACCGUUCGCGUACCUCUGUGACGUCUGUCCCAGAGGCACCUACCAAUCAGAGCCCGGGCAGCUUCAUUGUGUCAGCUGCUCAAACAAUCCGGCUCCAGUUUACUGCGAUGACGCCGUGCCCGCGGCCCCAAUAGGCCUCUCCAGUCAUUUAGGUGGUUCACCGAGUAGCAGCAAGCCUGGGUCAAAACCGACGCUCGCAAUGCCACAUAGGACUUCUCUGCCAAGCACUGCCGGUUUAUCUACAAUCUGCCUCUGUCUCGUUGGUCUUCUCGUUGGUGUGGUCUACUUUUACUUGGAGUCGAUUGGUUUCAUGCUGGUUGGCAUUGCCCGAGCUCCGUACUCUGAACUCUCAAACGUCAGCGCAGCUUGGCGUAGACGCCAGACACGCAGUCAGAGCGAAAUUCGGCGACUUCAGGAGCAGCAUCCAGAAGUGGACUUCGGUGCCGUGGUGCGAGAUGGGCUGUGCGCAGCGGAGAUCAGGCGCUUGCGCACAGAGUACCCCCAGGUGAACUGGGAUGAGAUCUUGUGCGAGGCAGAGGUACAGAAACUCCGUGAGUUGUAUCCCUUCAUUCGAUGGGACAGUAUUCUCUGUGAGGAGGCACCGCAGUUUCUGAGAGCGCGCUAUCCACGCAUCGACUGGGACCGGGUUAUUCGGGAUGAAGUCUGUGAGAAGGAGAUUAGACGUCUUCGCGAGGACUACACCGACGUGACUUGGUCGGAGAUCUUGUGCGAUGGCAAGAUCAGGCACCUGAGGAUCAAGUAUCCGUGUCUGAACUGGGACCAGAUGGUAUGUGAAGAACGCAUUCGCCGUCUCAAGAGGGCCUUCCCGCGAGUAAACUUCGAUAGUUUGAUAAGGGAGGAAGUUUCGGAGGCUGAGAUUGGGCGGAUGAAAACCAUGUACCCUGAAGUGGAUUGGGGAAGCGUGAUUAGCGAGGAGAAGGUUUUGUGGGCGCGUGCACGACACCCCAUGGUGAACUGGGCGAACAUCGUGAGUGAGGAAAAAGUCCGUCGUCUCAAGACACUCUACCCCCACAUCGAUUGGGCAAAUGUGGUCAGGAAGCAGCUCCACGAAGACGAGGUCGAGAGGCUGAAGGCGCGCUUUUCAAAUCAAGACUGGCAGAGAGUGCUGAGAGGUGACGAUUUAAAAUUCCGUGUUUCGCGAAAAGCAGCCGUCCACAAACUGACUUCACUUAAUUCAAACAUUGCCUGGGAAGACAUUGUGACGGCGGACUUAUGCGAUGGUGAAAUCCAACGUCUGAGAGAAGAAUACGCAUUCCUUGAUUGGGAGGCCAUCACAGAAACGCUGUCGACACCUGCCGCUGUCGCAUCCACCAGCAUUGCUGGACAAAGUGCUUCCGGGAACUCCUUGGAACUCCUGCCAUGUCUUGAGUUACUCUUCCCCUGCAUUGACUGGAGCAGUAUUGUUGAACAGAAGUGGUGCGAAAAAGAGCUGAAGCGGUUGAGAAGUGCCUACUCCUGCAUAAAUUGGGACCACGUCCUAAGUGACCGUGUGGUCCAAUCGGUGCUCCGAAUCGACGACGACGCCACACCCACUGACCUUGAAGAAGGGGCUUGUCCCAAAAGGGUGUCGAGUACCUCACUAAUCGUACGUCUCAGGACUUCCUAUCCGCCUGUCAAUUGGCCUGCUCUGCUCCAGGAUGGCCUUGAAGAAACCAACGUUCAAAGGAUGCAGAUUCUGCACCCGCACAUAAACUGGGCCGCCGUCUUCCAUGGGAGCACAGUGAAGGCGAUGGACUGUGUGGAGGCAGGUUCUGGAAGCCAGGAGGAGACCACGGGCCCACCAUCAGACCCGAUUUCGCACCUGCAGGGGAAUUACCCUUUUAUUGAUUGGGGGAGCAUUCUUCAUGGUGGUCUGAGUGAAGAUGGGAUGACAAGAAUCAAACACUCAUUCCCUUACAUCAACUGGAGGUACUUAGAAAGUGAUGAGGCUUUUAGCAGAAUAAUAGCCUCGGAAGUGUCCAAUUUAGGUCCCAGCGAUGAGCAGGUGGUGGGGUGUGCACUCAAGUGCGACGAUUCAACCCUCUCUACCACCCCUGCAUUCGUUUCGCACCUCCAUUCGGUUUAUCCGGGUGUGCAUUGGAGCAGCUUCGUGCCGUACAAUGCGGGCCUAGGUGAGUUAACUACCUUGGCACCCAACUUCCCGUUUAUCGAUUGGGACUACCUGGUAGAGAAGGAACUACGCAGGGAGACGGCGGUGUCGGAGAUCGCCCGACUUAGGCGGGAGUACCCGCAUGUUAACUGGGAUCGGGUGAUUGCGAAGGAGACUAGAAGACACGCUCGUCACAAGGAACGAAUGCGACGCGAUUCAGAGAAGGCGAGAACAGUCACCGUCUCGGAUUUGCCCCUUCAGAGGCCGGGAGAGGCGAUUGGGGCGUUGAGAAACGAUAAGGUGCGAAGGAGAAGGCUGAGAGACAAACCUUCGCGUAGAGAAAGGGGAGAUGGCACGAAUGAACAAACUCCAUCUGAGCAUUAA